AUCUAGCCUCGUAAUAACACAAGAGAUGUUUCUACAAUCUAGCCUCGUAAUAACACAAGAGAUGUCUCUAAAAUCUAGCCUCGUAAUAACACAAGAGAUGUUUAAUGUUUUUCCUCCAAACAAACAGCAAUAAAAAUGCUCUAUGGGUCAACUUCAUUAUAAUAAUCAUAAAACUGUCUCUCACCUAAAUGGAUGUCUACUCCCCGAUGCCCAGGGGAGUCACUGCCUGCCUCUCUCUGAAACAAACAAACACACACAUUAACAACCCAGCCUCUCCUUAUGAAUUUUGGUCCACUAAAGUUGUAUGCAAUAUAUCCCACUAAAUAGAACCACCAUAAGGGUUCAUGUGAUUGGGUUGUGCUGGAAAGGACAAGAAGAUAUUAAAAAGCAUACGUUGACAUUCUGCACUAAACACUUGAUUUCCAGCUGGGGAUGAUUGUUUAUCCGCAAUAACAGUUACAGUCAUUGUAAAUGAAAUGGGAUGGAAUCACACCCCACACGUUUGCUUCUAGUGAAACAACAAUCAAUACAAAAUACAAUUCCAAUGUACAUACAAGGUAAAUGUAUUUGCUGUGUAAGCUAUAAUGGUAUAUUCUAUUGUCUCCUUCUGACACCUUUCCAUAAAAUGGACGCCUGACUAGCAAGAGACAGUGAGUUUUCUGUGUGUCUGUCAGUCUCAGGUGGUCAUUUGUAGCCAUCAUGCUGUCGUGCUGUCGUGCUGACAGAAGGCCUACAGCAGGGUUCCCCAACUGGCAGCCCAAGGGACAAAUUUUAUUUGCCCCCCCAAGUCUUAAAAAACCCAUAUAUAUAUAUAUAUAUAUAUAUAUAUAUAUAUAUUUGUAAUUUUCAUUAUUGGACAUAAAAGACUGUAAAAACACCAGUAAAUCAGCUCCAAGCUAUUUUCAUUUUGUAAAUCUGUUCCCAAGUAUUCCCACACAUAAUAGAGAGAUACGUGAUCGUAUACAAAUGUAAGCAAGGUUUUAAAUGAUUAUGUUUUAUACAAAUAUUAUAUCUGUUUGGGCUUCUUGCGGUCAGUUUGCAGUCUACAAAUGAAUGGAGUUGAUGAUCCCUGGCCUACAGUAUGAGGUAGAGACCACAUCUUUACUGUGGCCUGCUGCUGACACAUACAAACUGUUUCUUAUUCUUUUCACUUUAAUUGCUGUGUCUGUAUACCAAGCAAACAGAACUAGCUACUACGUUACCAUUAUCCAGUGAGGAUAUGUAUGGUAAAACCACACAUUCACAACCUUUUUUAAUUGAUCACUUAUUCUUAGUAAUACAUGGCCUGUGUUAGGUGUUAAAAGAGUCAAAAGGGGAAUUGUUCCAAUUCAGUUUUAUUAAUUAAAAUGUCAUUUUUUGUGGUGUUCAAGAUGUAUUUAAAAAAAAAAAAAAUGAUGUCUUGCAAUUAUUAGAAAACAAUGAUAUGAUGGUUCAACCCUGAGCUUUAUAAGGACCUCUUUAUGGACAGCCCACAUGGGCUAUAUUUGGAUCCAGUCUGCCUAUAUUCAUUGUCUAACACGGAACAUGGACUGUACCAUCAAACAGAAGGAGGUGUGAAU